GGUUGCUCUGCACCUUUCAGAUGCUCAAUUGAUGGGCGUCCGGAGCUUCAGCGGCUCCGUUGACGCCUUUUAUCGCUACCAAACUCAACCGCGCUACGUUUACUUGGUAGAGCUUACUUGCUGACGUCCACGAAGCUCGUCAGGUUUUUUUUUUUUUACAAUUUUUAUUUUAUUUUUCCUCAGGCGGAUUUGGACGACGCUGUGCGUUUCAUGACAAUUUACCACGAAAAAGCGCUGCACGUCUCCAGGAGCUGUUCAUCCUCGUUUUGUUUACUUUAGUUUAGUUGAUUAUUAUGAUGAUGAUGUGUUUUUUUUUUUUUUUUUACCGCUCCAGCGUUAAUUGAAUGCGUUUGUUUGACCGUAAUCUCGAGGGACGACGCCGGCUCCCUUUCCCGUCAUGGCUAAAAUGCACCUGCCGCGGUGAUCUCGGACUCGUUGAAGCACAACGCAGCAGCCGCCGUGGAUUUGAAGCGGGACAAUCCGAAUCGAAUGUUUGCUUUGGCGGGCGACGGCGCGAGUCCGGUGGUUGCGGUGCAUGUGUGAAGCGUUGAGUGCCCCUCCUCUCCCGGGACUUGAAAAAAAAAAAAAAAAAAAGACCGCCCCCCCACCCCACCCCACCCCACACGGCUCCGGUGUCACUUUCCCAAGCUUUCCCCUCACUCGAGAUGGAGCUGUGACAUGUUGACAGCUCUCCUCGUCUGGUUAGCUUCUCGUCUUCCUCCAACGCGGGACAUCUUGCCGUCAAACUGUCCCGCGCUCCGUGACAUUUCCACGCAGAUGAUCCCGCCAUCAUCAUCAUCAUCAUCAUCAGCAGCAGCAGCAGCCGAAGGCUCGAGCGUUGCAACAUGAGAGCCACAGGCGUGGUUGCAGCCCCGCGAGAUCCCAUAUAGCGGCUGUCCACGCUACUGUUCCCACGAUGGAGGCCGUCGUGGCACGCGGAGUGUAGAGCCACCUUUCGGGCUCCUCCACGCUCUCCUCCGGAUCCGUCGUGACUCUCUCUCGGGCCGCCGCGCGGAGGAUGUUGGAGUCAGGAUGCUGCGCUUCCCCGUGAAGAAGAUCCGGAAGCAGUUCAAGCUGCUGCUGCUCCUGGUGCUGCUGACCUCGGCCGUGUGGUUCACCUACCUGCACAUACACCAGGGCAAGACCAUCAAACUCCACUUGAACUACGGCAAAGACGGAGAGAGACAGACGGACGGCUCGGACACGAGCCGCAAGAGGGACACUCGCUCCUCAACCAGCCACCACAAGAAUGAGGACACCAGCGACAGUGGGGAGGAUGAAGUGGCGGAUGACGAGACCAUUGCAGGAGUUCCCGACAGCAGAGGCCACUCCCACAUCCGCAAGUUUCUUACCGAGCACUAUAAGAAAUUGCCAUGGAAACCAGAGCAUAAGGGCCUAGCCAACCUUCAUGUGUUCGAGGACUGGUGUGGCUCCUCUGUAGCCCAACUCCGAAAGAACCUGCACUUCCCCCUCUACCCUCAUACAAGAACGACUUUGAAGAAGCUGGCCGUGGCUCCGAAGUGGAAGAAUUAUGGCCUGAGAAUCUUCGGCUUUCUUCACCCUUAUCGCGAUGGUGAUUUCCAGUUUUCAGUAUCAUCUGAUGAUAAUUCAGAGUUUUGGCUGAGUCCUGACGAAAGUCCUUUCAACGCCAGGCUGCUGGUCUAUGUAGGACAGCUGGGUACAGAGUGGACAGCUCCAGGCGAGUUCAACAAGUUCAGGUCCCAGUCCUCAAAGUCCGUGCACCUGAUGUCGUCCAGACGCUACUACUUUGAGAUUCUGCACAAGCAGGAUGACAAGGGCUCAGAUCACGUGGAGGUCGGGUGGCGUCCAUUCCUCCCCGGUCUGAAAUACGAAGUGAUAGACUCGGCCUACAUCUCACUGUACGCAGACGAGUCCAGCCUCAAGAUGAACAGCGUAGGUCACAUCCCUCAGACAUUCGCCAGUCACGUCGGCCUCCCGCAACACUUCCUGCCCGCCAAGGCGGAAGAAGGUGGCACCCCGCAGCACGGAGCGGAUAUGCUGAAGCCAGACCCGAGGGACACCUUCUAUAGCACUCCCGUGAUUGACCCGUCCCGUCUGGAAAACGUGCUGCCUGCUUGUCUUUACUCUCCCACCUAUGUGGUCAAAGAUUUCCCCAUCGCGAGAUACCAGGGCCUGCAGUUUGUUUACCUGUCAUUCGUCUACCCAAACGACUUCACCCGGCUCACGCACAUGGAGCGAGAGAACAAGUGUUUCUACAGAGAGUCCCCCAUCUACUUAGAAAAGUUCGGCUUCUACAAGUAUAUGAAGCUGGAUGAGGAGGAAGACGACAGACCGUUCUUUUUCCCCAACCCCGACGAUUUCCUCGAGGAAGGCGAAAUGGUGGAUAUGGAAGACGAGGCGGAGAUCGUCGGCACGCAGUCUCCCAGGAAGCCUCCGACAAGCCAUGCCUCCAAAGCCUCCCAUCAGCACCCUCAACCUGCACCUACUUUUGCAGGUAAAGAAGUAAAGGAUGAAGAGGAGGAUCCUGACGAGAAGGAAGACGGUGCAGUCGAUAGGAGACGCUUUGCCUCCAGAGAUGAUGAGAUGGAGAGGGACACGAACUGGAAAAGAGCUCAGACAAGGACUAAUGGGAGUCAUGAUACUAGAGAGGAGCUGUCAGAGCUCCAAUCCAGGAUGCACGACUCUGACACAGAUAGCGUGGUCCUGGGUCGCUCACUAUCCUGGAGCCGUCACAGUCGUGCGGGGCUCAGCCCGACCGGUCAAGGAGGAGGAGGAGGAGGAGGAGGAGAGAAGGAGGCUGAGGCGCCACCGAAAUUGACGAGAUCUUUCUUCUUUCCCAAAAAGUCCUCCAUCCCUGCUCCUGCUACUCGUGCCAAGCGGAUUCAGAGCAACUCUGCCCACGCCAACGCUCUCCGAAACAACAACAAUAAGCUUGCUGGGAGCAAGAAAGAGAAGAAUAAGGAGAAUAAGAUCUACAUCACCAGGCCUCGGCCCAACAGGGAGCGAGAGAAGGAGCGGGAGUGGCGUCGAGAGAGGAGGGAGGAAAGGGCCCCUCGCCACCCGAGAGACGUAUUCCCUGGAGUCUUUCUGUACCAGACUGGGAAGACCACAAGACUGGUCAAACCUGGGGACAAAGGGCAUGCAGGGGGGGUUAAGAGCGGACGAAGGAGUCCAGUAAGCGCUCCUCAGCUCUGGCCCAAUCCACCCGCAAAAGGCGCUAAGGCGUCGCUUCACAAUCAAAGCAUCAACAUUCCAAAUGCAAGUGUUCAAAAGUCUCCCGACAAGGAAACGGCUCGAACGCAGCCAGGUGAGCGACACGGCGAAGGGGACAAGCUCGCUUUGAGGAGGACCGCCGCUACCGGCUCGCCCGACAAAUCACACCAACUAACCUCGAGGUCUCAUCACCGAGACGCCACCCGGCAUUCUCCUCACUGGCUGAACUCCACCGGAAACAUCCGAGGUCAAUUGCGAGUGACCUCCUACCUCAGGACCACCGAGAUCACAGAGUCGCAGCCGGACCCCAAAGCGGCGGAGCUGCAGCGGGACACAAACAACUCGAAUCCCGACCCAGAGGCAGAACCGGAGGAGGGCGAGAUGUCGGACUACAGCUACGAGGAGGUGGAGGCGCGGCCGGGAUGGGCAGAGGAGAGUAUCAACUGGCAGAGGACCUUCUCCGUCAACCCCGUGGACUUUGAGCUUCUGCGCUCCGACUGGAACGACCUGCGCUGCAACGUGUCCGGUAACCUCCAGCUGGCAGAGAGCGAGGUGGUGGACGUGCUGGCUCAGUACAUGGAGAAGCUCAACGAUCGCAACGGCGGGAUUUACACCCUGCUGCGAAUCAUCAAUGUGGAGAAGCGGCGAGACUCUGCCAGGGGGAAUCGCUACCUUGUGGAGCUGGAGCUGAUGGAGAGGGGCCGCAGCGUGGUGCGACUGUCCGAAUACAUUUAUCUGAUGCUCCACCGGGGCAGGCAAGUCAACGAAAGCCUCGAGAACACCGAGACCGCCCCGGCCUCGGGCCCCUCUGCUGCCACGUCCGACCUCGGCGCCGCUCCGCGCCCGCCCCCCACCAAAUCUCCCUCACGGCCCGGAGCCACGGCCUGGAGCACAGCCUAUGCCAAACCUCUCCUCUGCCGGCCGGUCAUGCUACAGUGGAGGCAAGAUGUGAUGGUGCACUUUGUGGUACCAGUGAAGAAUCAAGCUCGCUGGGUCCAGCAGUUUAUUUCGGACAUGGAAAACCUUCACCAUCGGACCAAGGAUGACAAUUUCAGCAUCAUCAUCGUUGACUUUGAGAGUGAAGACAUGGAUGUGGAGCAGGCACUUCGAGACAGCACUGUUCCAAGAUAUGAGUAUCUGAGGAGAAAAGGGAACUUUGAGCGCUCGGCGGGACUACAGAUCGGAGUGGAUACCAUUGAAGAUAGCCACAGCAUUGUGUUCCUGUGUGACCUGCACAUUCAUUUCCCCUUCAACAUAUUGGAGAGCAUCAGGAAGCACUGUGUUGAAGGACGCCUUGCUUUCGCUCCCAUUGUUAUGAGACUCGGCUGCGGGAGUUCGCCACAGGAGCCUGACGGUUAUUGGGAGGUGAACGGCUUUGGUCUGUUUGGGAUCUACAAGUCUGAUUUUGAAAAAAUUGGCGGGAUGAACACAGAAGAAUUCAAAGACCGCUGGGGUGGAGAAGACUGGGAGCUUCUGGACAGGGUAUUGCAGAAUGGCUUGGAAGUCGAGCGACUCCGCCUGAGAAACUUCUUUCACUACUACCACUCCAAACGUGGCAUGUGGAAUGCCCAAAACAAGAAAUCUGCGAAGGGAUAACGCCGUGCCUGCAUACUAAUCUACGUGCAGCUCUGCUGUUCGUGUGUGUGAGGGAGAGCUGAGAGUGCCCGCUCACUGAUGGCCAAUGUCUCAGCAUCCUUCGUAGUCUCGUUGUCUCUUUGAGGGAACAAAGUCCAGAUGUGAACUUUGCGAGGGAGCCGUUGACACAGAUAAUCCCGCGUAACUUUCAGUCAUCGAUUGGAGUACUUGAGGGAAAAGAAAUGCUUUCCCCCCCCCCCCCCCCCCCCCCCCCCCCCCGCCCCCCCCUCCUUCUCGUUGCCCAACACCAGUGCAAUGUUUUCGGAAGAACUGGAAAGCCUGUAUGUAUGAAAGUGCACAUGUACAGUAUAUAUAUAUAUAUAUAUAUAUAUAGUGUGUGUGUGGAUGAAGAUUAAGAAAGCACCUUUUUCUUUCUAAUAAGGAUUUAUUUAUUUUUUCCUAGGAUUGCGCACACAUGCCAGUCUAACGUGAAUGCGCGCCCCGAUAGAGUCCGUCGUGGGGACAUCCCUAAAUAAAUGAUCUGCUCACUGGUUAUCCUGUACGUGGUGCUGAAGUUCUCCUGAUACCUAAUAUUAUGGACCCCAUAUCCGAGUUGAGCUGCAGGCAGUUUGUAUGCAGUGGCAUACUGUUGACACAAGCAGGAGAGGACUGUCAAAAAGUAUUUCUAAGCAGGCUGGAAAGUCACUUGCACGAUCACCGAAGGAACGACAGUACUCUACAGUGGACUCCAUCCGGCUAUCCGUGCGUGUUUGCUGAAGUAGCACUUUGAAAGCAAAUGCGAGUGUCAGCUUCAAACUUUUGCCGUUGCAAACUGAGGGACGACUGAGCAGGACCGGAAGGCGUAAUGGAGACUCAGUGGCAGCUGCAGUCCAGCAGGGGCCCCGGCGACUCCCACUUGCUCGCUUCCGAACGCCUCUCGAUACGGCGCGGUACUUAGAAUCCCGAUGAAGAGGGGCCGGUGGGCUCCAGGCUGGACUCGUCUGAGGAACGCUUCAUGAUCUCUUCUUGACUGCGCGAUUGUGAAAUGCCCUCUCUCAACUCAAUAAAGUCGCGUAACAUUCACACGGGGAAAGUUGAAGAGCAGAAUCAAUAAACACUAUAACACUAGACUAGAUAUACUGUAUAUUUAGAAAGAUUGAUGGAAAAAAUAGGUAUAUACAUUCCAAGGUAAUUUCUGUGAAAUUGUUUUGUAGAGAAAAGGUUUUCAGAAUGUAUUGUACAUUUGUUUGUUUUUGCAAAUAAAAUUGUAUGCUUACGCCCGGA